CAUUCAUUCAAGCCUCCCCUACUCCUCGGCUCCUCGCCACCUCUAUUGCAUGCUCUGCUGCCUUCUUCCUCUUCCUCUUCCUCUUCUUCACGCCAAGAACAAUCUACUCAUUACAGGCAAGCUAACACCAAUCAAACCUUUUCAUGGCAGUGGAAGCUCGCCACAUGAGUCUCUUCCCUCCUCCGUUCCUCCCAAACAGUGAUGUAUGCAAUGGCCAGAUGGAUUCGGCUCUUCCUCUUCCGCUUCCUCUGUCUUCUGCCAUGGCUGAUCCUUUCUUGCCGUUUUAUAAUCAAUCAUCAACUCUCUGUGAUUUAGCCUCCGCCAAAACUUCCAUCAACAAGGCUGACAGUGGCCUCACAUGCCACGUCCCCGCCGCCGCCGCCGCACCGAUCAGGAAGCGUCCAAGGGAUCAGUUUAUUGCCGCCGAAUCCAAUGCUCUUCUGAUCCCUCACAAGAUUAACAAAUUGUCCUCUCAAUCUUCUUCGUUUCUCGCCCAAGACAUUCUCUGCCAACUCCAGAACCAGCAAUCCGAGAUCGACCACUUCAUCUCGCAACAUACGGAGAAAGUGAGGAUGGAGUUACAAAAGCAGAGGGUGAGGCAAUCGACGGCGCUAAUAUCGGGAAUCCAAGAGGCAAUGACGAAGAAGCUGAAGGAGAAAGACGACGAGAUCCAGCGGAUGGGGAAAGUGAAUUGGAUGCUUGAAGAAAGAGUGAAAAGCCUGUGUGUGGAGAAUCAAAUCUGGAGAGAACUGGCUCAGACCAACGAAGCCACAGCAAAUUCCCUACGCAGCAAUCUGGAACAAGUUCUUGCCCACGUCGCCGAGGAGCGCCACGUCGCCGGCACCUGCGAGGCUCAGGCAGACGAUGCCGAGUCAAGUUGCGGGAGCAACGAUGAGGACGAAGAAGAACGACGGUGGACGAACGCGGCGGCGGGGGGAAGGAUGUGUAAGAAGUGUGGGGUGAGAGAAUCGAUAGUGCUGUUGCUGCCAUGUAGGCAUCUGUGUCUGUGUACAGCGUGUGGGUCCACAGUUCGGAACUGUCCAGUAUGCCAUUCCAGCAUGAACGCCAGUGUUCAUGUUAAUUUCACUUAACACAGACUUCUCUUUUCUUUUUUCCUUUCUAAUUUUUGCUUUUAUCUGUUCAAAGAACAGAUUUAGAAAAAUGUUAAACAAAAAAAAAAAUAGAACUUGAAAAUUCUUUUAUUGAUACACACCUGCUCCUGCUCCCCCCCUCCUUCUCAUCUGGCUGAUGUAGAUAUUUGGUUAAUUAAUUUUUACUCACAUUACUUACAAGUAUGGUACUUU